AUGUCACUCAAAGCCUUUCCUACCAUUAAAGCCAUCAGGAGCUAUGUCACCCAGGGUGUUGGCUCUGGUGGUGAUUACCACAAUGUAGCUAGCGGUCACUGGCGAACUAAUAUCUACAGGCUCGUCGAUACUCCCAUCGCGAACCCUAUGUCCCGUUAUGAGCAAUACAAGUACUCACGAACGUCGUGGGGAAUCAACGUCUUGGGUUCAUUGUUUGUGGUGAUUGAAGCAAGUGACGGAACAACGGGUUUCGCCACCGGCUUCGGCGGCCCCCCAGCCGCUUGGAUCAUCCACAACCAUCUCGAGAGAUUUCUGGUCGGCGCCGAUCCACGGAACUUGAACCUCCUGUGGGAUCAAAUGUUUCGUGCAACCAUGUUUUACGGCAGAAAGGGUUUGCCUAUUGCUACCAUCUCUGUCAUUGAUUUAGCACUCUGGGAUCUGCUUGGCAAGAUCAGGGGAGAGCCGGUUUACAAGAUGAUUGGUGGGGCAACUCGGGAAAGACUUUCCUUCUACUGCACUGGUCCCGAGCCUGUUGCGGCUAAGGAGAUGGGCUUCUUUGGGGCAAAGGUGCCGUUACCCUACGGACCUGAUGACGGCCAUGAGGGAUUGAAGAAGAAUAUCGAAUUCCUGAAGAAGCAUCGCGAAAGCGUUGGCCCUGAUUACCCACUUAUGGUUGAUUGUUACAUGGCUUUGACCGUCCCCUACACUAUCCAACUCGCUACCGCAACCCUGGACCUCAACAUCAACUGGUGGGAGGAGGUUCUCCACCCCGAUGAUUCGGACGGUUUCGAGAAGUUGAAGCAGGCAUUGCCCCAAUUGAAGUUCACAACUGGAGAGCACGAAUACACAAGAUAUGGCUUCCGUAAGCUAAUUGAGGGACGUAACAUUGACAUUCUCCAACCGGAUGUGACGUGGGUGGGAGGUUUGACAGAGCUUCUCAAGGUCACUGCCCAGGCAGCGGCAUACGACCUCCCAGUCAUCCCCCACGCAUCCGGCCCCUACUCGUACCACUACGUGGUCUCACAGCCAAAUUGCCCCUUCCAGGAAUAUCUGGCUAAUUCACCGGACGGAAAAUCUGUCUAUCCUGUAUUCGGCGAUUUGUUCAUUGACGAGCCGAUCCCGACGAAUGGAUGGAUUGACGUUAGCGUCCUGGACAAGCCGGGUUUCGGUCUUACCCUCAACCCGAAAGCUCGGCUAAUCGAGGCUUCCCGUCUCUUGAACCCCGCUCCUGUAAAGUCGUUAAAGGCGCCAGAAGUGGAGAAAGAAGCACCCACUGUGAGCGGAGCACCGGGACGCUAA